AUGGCCCAUGCUGCAUCUCACAUCAAGAAAAACCGGGAAUUGGAAGCUGCGACUGAGGAUGAGAAAGUCGUCAAAAAACACCGAAAACGUUCGCGGGAUCGAAAGAGAAAGACCGACACCAAUGCAAGCUACCUACGAGCCGCUCGCGCGGGCAACUUGGAGAAGGCACUUGACUAUAUCAAAGCUGGAGUUGACAUAAACAUCUGCAACCAGAAUGGGUUGAAUGCUCUUCACCUUGCUUCCAAGGAAGGUCACAUCGGGGUCGUUUCUGAACUGAUCCAGCUCGGUGCGAACGUUGACGCAGCGACCAAGAAAGGAAAUACUGCUCUCCAUAUCGCAUCCCUCGCUGGACAAGCAGAAGUUGUACACGUUCUUGUAACAAAUGGAGCGAACAUUAAUGCCCAGUCCCAGAAUGGCUUCACUCCUCUAUACAUGGCCGCACAGGAGAAUCAUCUAGAAGUUGUUAAGUUUCUUCUAGACAAUGGUGCAAGUCAGAGCAUUGCAACGGAGGAUGGCUUCACUCCAUUGGCUGUGGCGCUGCAGCAGGGUCACGACCAGGUGGUCUCGCUGCUGCUGGAGAACGACACAAAGGGCAAGGUGCGCCUGCCAGCCCUGCACAUCGCUGCCCGCAAGGACGACACCAAAGCAGCCGCGCUGCUCCUGCAGAAUGACCACAAUGCAGACGUGGAAUCCAAGAGUGGUUUUACCCCGCUCCAUAUAGCUGCUCACUAUGGGAAUAUCAACAUUGCCACCCUGUUACUGAAUCGAGGUGCUGCUGUGGAUUUCACAGCCAGGAAUGACAUCACUCCACUUCAUGUGGCCUCGAAGAGAGGGAAUGCCAACAUGGUCAAACUGCUUCUGGACAGAGGAUCCCAAAUUGAAGCCAAGACGAGGGAUGGCCUGACCCCCCUCCACUGUGCAGCAAGGAGCGGGCAUGAGCAGGUGGUGGAAAUGUUACUCGAUCGUGGAGCUCCAAUUCUUUCCAAGACAAAGAACGGGUUGUCCCCUCUGCACAUGGCCACGCAAGGAGACCACCUGCAUUCGGUGAAGCUGCUCCUCCUCCACGAUGUGCCUGUUGACGAUGUGACCAACGACUAUCUGACAGCACUGCACGUGGCCGCGCACUGCGGCCAUUACAAGGUUGCCAAGGUCCUGCUCGAGAAGAAGGCCAACCCCAAUGCCAAAGCACUGAAUGGUUUCACCCCACUUCAUAUCGCAUGCAAGAAGAACAGGAUUAAAGUAAUGGAUCUGCUGUUGAAGUAUGGAGCGUCAAUACAGGCAGUCACUGAGUCUGGCCUCACACCUAUUCAUGUCGCUGCGUUCAUGGGACAUGCAAAUAUUGUGACACAAUUAAUGCAACGUGGAGCAUCACCAAAUACAACAAACGUGAGAGGGGAAACAGCCCUGCAUAUGGCUGCCAGGGCCGGCCAAGCAGAUGUGGUCCGUCAGCUUGUUCAAAAUGGAGCUCAGGUGGAGGCCAAAGCUAAGGAUGAUCAGACUCCGUUGCAUAUUGCAUCACGCCUGGGCAAGGCUGACAUUGUGCAGCAGUUGCUGCAGCACGGCGCCUCUCCAGAUGCAGCGACUACCUCUGGAUACACCCCGCUGCACAUCUCAGCCAGGGAAGGUCACGAAGACGUGGCUUCGGUUCUACUGGAACAGGGCGCUUCGCUGUCUGUGAACACCAAGAAAGGAUUCACCCCACUCCAUGUGGCUGCCAAAUACGGGAAAAUGGAGGUGGCCAACCUUUUGCUUCAGAAGUCUGCAUCUCCCAAUGCUUCGGGAAAGAGCGGCCUGACCCCACUGCACGUGGCAGCUCACUAUGACAACCAGAAAGUGGCCCUUCUGCUACUGGAUCAAGGAGCCUCCCCUCACACAACAGCAAAGAAUGGCUACACGCCCCUACACAUAGCCGCAAAGAAGAACCAGAUGGACAUCGCGACCACCUUGCUGGAAUAUGGCGCUGACACCAACACCGUGACCAAACAAGGCAUUACACCUGUGCACCUAGCUGCCCAGGAGGGCCACGUGGACAUGGUGUCCUUGCUCCUGACCCGCAAUGCAGAUGUAAACCUGGGAAACAAGAGUGGUCUGACACCUCUUCACUUGGCUGCUCAAGAGGAUCGGGUGAAUGUUGCUGAAGUGCUGGUUAAUCAGGGAGCUGCUAUUGACCCGCAGACCAAGAUGGGUUAUAUUCCACUGCACGUAGCGUGUCACUAUGGGAAUGUGAAGAUGGUCAACUUUCUGUUGCAACAUAACGCCAAAGUCAAUGCCAAGACAAAGAACGGGUACACCCCUCUCCACCAGGCAGCUCAGCAAGGACACACACAUAUCAUUAACAUCCUCCUGCAACACGGCGCCUCUCCAGAUGAAGUCACCAUGAACGGGAAUACUGCUUUAGCCAUCGCUAAGAGGCUUGGUUAUAUCUCUGUGGUUGAUACGCUGAAAGUGGUUACUGAGGAAACCUUGACGACCACAAUGUCCGUAACAGAAAAGCAUAAACUAAAUGUUCCUGAAACAAUGAAUGAAGUUCUGGAUGUAUCUGAUGAUGAAGUUCAUAAAGCCAGUGUUCCUGAAUUUGUCAGUGAAGCUGAGUCUUUGUCAGAUGCUGAUGAAGGCGAUGAUGCGAUGACUGGCGAUACAGAUAAAUACCUUGGCCCCCAGGAUCUGAAAGAAUUGGGAGAUGAUUCACUGCCUGUGGAAGGAAACAUGAGCUAUAUGGGUUUCAGCCUGGGAGCCCGAUCGGCAAGCCUUCGCUCCUUCAGUUCAGAUAGGUCUUACACGCUGAACCGGAGUCCGUACACACGGGACAGCAUCCUGAUUGAAGAGAUGACAAAGGAGGCGCACCUGGCGGUUUCUCGAGAGUACGACAGUGACUCUUUGAAGAGGUUCAGCUGGACGGCAGAUACUCUUGACAAUGUCAACUUGGUCUCCAGCCCUAUUCACUCCGGGUUUCUGGUCAGUUUCAUGGUAGAUGCCCGCGGUGGAUCCAUGCGAGGUAGCCGUCACAACGGAAUGCGCAUUGUCAUCCCGCCCCGCAAAUGUACCGCACCCACACGCAUCACUUGCCGCCUGGUGAAGAGACACAAACUGGCCAGCCCGCCCCCCAUGGUGGAGGGCGAAGGAUUGGCCAGUCGGCUGGUUGAAGUUGGACCAUCGGGUGCCCAGUUCUUGGGCCCAGUGAUUGUGGAGAUCCCACAUUUUGGGUCAAUGCGGGACAAAGAAAGGGAGCUUAUCGUGCUGCGAAGUGAAAAUGGAGAAGUCUGGAAGGAGCACCAAUAUGACUGUAAAGAACAGGAGCUCAAUGAGAUAUUGAAUGGCAUGGAUGAAGAACUCGACAGCGCCGAAGAGCUGGAGAAGAAGCGCAUCUGUCGGAUCAUCACCAAGGAUUUUCCGCAGUAUUUUGCCGUGGUGUCACGGAUAAAACAAGAAAGUAAUCAGAUGGGACCGGAAGGUGGGAUGUUGAGCAGCACGAACAUUCCUCUUGUUCAGGCAUCCUUCCCAGAGGGCGCUCUCACCAAGAGGAUCCGCGUGGGCCUCCAGGCUCAGCCAGUCCCAGAUGAACUCGUCAAAAAGAUCCUUGGGAACCGAGCCACGUUUAGUCCGAUAGUGACUGUGGAACCCAGGAGAAGAAAAUUCCACAAACCUAUCACGAUGACGAUUCCAGUGCCGCCAACAUCAGGAGGUGAUGUUUCAAAUGGCUACAGAGGGGAAACACCAAGCCUCAGGCUGCUGUGUAGUAUAACAGGAGGUACAUCACCUGCUCAGUGGGAAGAGAUCACAGGAACUACACCAUUAACCUUUGUGAAUGAUGCUGUCUCCUUCACAACAAAUGUUUCAGCCAGAUUUUGGCUGGUUGACUGCCGUCAGGUGCCAGAGACGGUUAGCUUGGCCACUCAACUCUACAGGGAGUUAAUCUGUGUCCCGUACAUGGCCAAGUUUGUUGUAUUUGCCAAAAUGCACGACCCCGUGGAGGCCCGUCUCCGUUGCUUCUGCAUGACGGACGAUAAAGUUGAUAAGACGCUGGAGCAGCAGGAAAAUUUCACCGAAGUGGCUCGAAGCAAAGACAUCGAGGUCCUGGAAGGUAAACCCAUCUUUGUGGAUUGCUAUGGAAACCUGGUUCCCCUCGCCAAAGCAGGCCAGCAGCUGGUGUUCAACUUCUAUGCCUUCAAAGAGAAUCGGUUGCCCUUUGGUGUGAAGGUCCGUGACAACAGCCAGGAGCCGUGUGGCCGUCUGUCCUUCCUCAAGGAACCGAAAACAUCCAAAGGAUUACCACAGGCAGCAAUCUGUAAUCUGAACAUAACCCUGCCAGCUCACAAAAAAGAAACUGAAUCUGAUCCAGAUGAAGAGGUCGAGAAAGCUUCAGAACGUCGUCAGUCUUUUGCAUCCAUGGCAUUGCGCAAGCGUUACAGCUAUCUAGCGGAACCCGGAAUGAAAAUCAUUGAACGGAGCACAGGAACCACCAGGUCUCUUCCGGCACCAUACUCCUAUAAGCCAGUCUUUUCCACAAGACCUUUUCAGUCCUGGGCAGCUGCUCCCAUGUCUGUAGCUGGAGCAGUGAAAUCUGGGAUUGCAUCUCUGUCGAAUUCGACAUCCAACACGCCGACAGCGUCCCCGUUAAAGUCCGUCUGGUCUGUCUCCUCUUCUUCACCCAUCAAAUCAACCCUAGGAGCCUCCACAGGGUCCUCAGUCAGAUCCGUGAGCGAUUUAGCAUCUCCGAUCAGAUCGUUUAAGUCCGCACCUUCACCUAUCAAAACUGUAGUGACACAGACACAGUAUUCCAUGAAAUCCUCCUCAGCUUUGAACUCUUCACCUGUGAAAGCAUCGGCAGUGCCAGAAUCUCCGUCUGGGAAGGGAACAGCCGCUUCGUUGUUUUCCUCACGGCUGUCGCCCGCGACGACGGCUGGAUUGCUGCUGGAGAGAUCCUCCAUCACCAUGACCCCUCCGGCUUCACCUAAGGCCGCUUUUAACAUGUACGCGUCCACUUUGCCGUUCAAGACCACCGCCGCGCCCACGGUCCUGUCCACCUCCAUGAAAUCGCUGUCGAGCUCGGGGUCCUCUCCCAUCAAGUCGGUCGCUGAGGCUGCGUUCUCACCUUUCAAAUCGGCCGUGCCGCCCAAUGGCCAGCCAGCCACCAAUGGGUCAGUGUCCCCCAUCAAGUAUCCCUCGGCAGCGGCCUUCUUCUGCGGUCAAGGGGCUGGCACUAUGCCUGAGAAAGCGCCGGGCGCCGCCCUGGCUGCUAAAUCUGUCGCCGCUGUGCAGGAUGUGGCAGAGAAAGCCCAUCAAGCCACCACCUCCGUCUCCUUCUCCCCUCUUAAAUCCCUGGCGCCCGCCACGGCGUCGGCUUUUCAGGCGAUCCGGUUACCACCCGCGGGGUCCUUGUAUUCCACGUUGAGAUCUUCAUCUGCCACCACCACGUCUGUGACAUCGUCGACCAUGACCGUACCGGUGUACUCUGUUGUGAACGUGCUGUCAGAGCCGCAGCUAAAGAGACUCCCAGACACCAGCCCCUUGACCAAGUCAGCGGCCGCCUUGUUAUCACCGAUAAAAUCACUGACCACAGAAUCGCGCACGCAACCUCAGUCUCAGUUUACCCGGACUUUGUCCCCCCUGAAAUCCUCCUUGUUUCUAACCCCCUCUGCCCUGAAACUAGCUCCCGCCUCCACUUUGUCCUCCAGUCAGGAAAUUCUGAAAGACGUCGCCGAGAUGAAAGAAGACCUGAUGAAGAUGACUGCCAUCUUGCAAACAGAUGUCUCGAGUGACAAGGCCUUCUCGGAGGUGUCCGCCAAAGGAGGGAGGAGCGAAGAUGAGAGCGAAGAACCUUUUAAGCUGGUGGAAAAGGUGAAGGAAGACUUGGUGAAAGUCAGCGAGAUCCUGCAAAAGGACGGCCUGAGCGAGACUAAACACGGCAUCAAAGGACCUCAGACAAACGGCGAUCUCUCGGGGGAAGGCGAAUGGGUUACAUUCGAUUAUGAUGGUGCCGAGGAAGCGAAGCAAAGGGCCAGCGAGGAAUUAGGUGCCUACGUACACAUGAAAACUAAGAAUGGGGGUGAGAAGGACUUCAGUUUGGCAAGAGUUGUCGACUAUUUGACAAACGAUCUCGGGAUUGAUACUUUCAGCAAGAUGGCCGACAAAUAUCGCCAAACUGACAUCAGAAAGGAAGGGGAAGAAAAGAUGUUCUCCAGAAGGGCUCAGAAGCCAGCAAUGCCUCUGCCAGAGCAUAAACUUAAAAUGCCUCCAUCUCCCAUUCGGCCCUCUGCUUCCGAGAAGGAGCUGAGUAAACUUGCAGAUGCAAUGAUGGUGACUGAAGCCAUCCUGGAGUCACCAGAUGACUUCUCGCAGCACGAUCAAGAUAAGAGUCCUCUGUCGGACAGCGGGUUUGAGACGAGGAGUGAAAAGACGCCCUCCGCCCCUCAGAGUGCGGAGAGCACUGGGCCCAAGCCUCUGUUCCACGAUGUUCCUAUCCCUCCCGUUAUAACGGAGACGCGGACCGAAGUGGUGCGUGUCAUCAGGAGCUAUGAGCCUGACGAAACACAGGAGCCCAAAGUGGAUGGACUGCCUCCGUCACAAAGCCCGGAGGUGUUCCCACAGAUGGAAGAGAAGCCAAUUGGCUCCAUCAAGGACAAGGUGAAGGCUUUCCAAACUAAAAUGCAACUAGACGAAGAAGACGGUAAAGGCUUGCGGGCCAAGGAGGUUCAUGUGAAAGAAGAAACGCACAUCACCACGACCACUCGGAUGGUUUAUCACUCACCACCCAGCCCUGAGAGCAAAACCAGCGAAAGGAUAGAGGAGACAAUGUCCGUUCGUGAUAUCAUGAAGGCCUUUCAGUCAGGCCGUGAUCCUUCUAAAGAAUUGGCCGGUCUAUUUGAGCACAAGUCGGCAGUCCCUUCAGAAAGCAGUAAGCCUGGGGAGGCGCCCAUGAUGUACCUCGAUAAAGACUCCAAUCUGAAGCCAAAAGUGGAAAGGAUCAUCGAGUUGCACAUUGAGAAAGGGAACAAAGUGGACCCAACCGAGGUCAUUGUCAGAGAGACAAAAACGCAGCCGGAGAGGGAGCUGUUUGCUUACCAGAAAGAUGGCGAGGCGAGGGAGACCAAGUUUGAGAUCUGUCCAGACGAGCAGGGGCAGCAAGAGGAAGAGGAGCUGACCGCCGAAGAAUCCCUUCCCUCCUACAUGGAAUCCUCGAGGGUGAACACACCCGUCUCCCAGGACGACGACAGCCGGCCCAGCUCGGCACAGCUGGUCUCCGACGACUCGUACAAAACCCUGAAGCUCCUCACACAGCACUCUGUCGAGUACCACGACGACGAGUUCUCGGAGCUGAGAGGGGAGUCCUACAGGUUUGCGGAGAAAAUGCUCCUUUCCGAGAAGAUGGACAUCUCGCACUCGGACACCGAGGAGUCGGUCACUGAGCAACCUCAGCUCCUCGGCGCUGAGGCAGGGCCGGCUGGCCAUUACAGACGGAAGAGCGAUUCUGCGUCGGAGGAGAGUGAGGUGGCCAAGCUCCGCGGAGUGGUCCCUGCGAGCCCGGGCAAAGGUGGCAGCCAGGAGGAGGCCUACGAGAAGGUCGCACUGCUCCACUACCCGCCAGAGCCCGGCAGCCCCAAGCACACCGUGUGGAUGCGGUUCACCGAGGACAGGCCCAACGGCGGACGGGAAAAGCUGACCUACGAGGACUGGGUGGACAGGACGGUGAAGGAAGCCGAGGAAAAGCUGACCGAGGUGUCUCAGUUCUUCCGGGACAAGACGGAGAAGUUGAACGACGAGCUGCAGUCGCCGGAGAAGAAGCCGCGCGGGAGGGACGGGACGCGGCCGGCGCCCUGUUCCACCGGCGGCAGCGCCGAGAGACUCCGGCUCGGCGACUUCCCGCCAGGCGGCGAGGGGAGCCCAGAGAAACAGAGCGACCGCUCCUUCCGCAGGUACUCGGUGCGGGAGGAAGAGAAGAGGGCGGCGGAGCUGCUGGCGGCCUGCCCACAGGCGGCGCUCACCGGCCCUUCGGAGGGCGCGAGAGAGAAAACGAGGCAGGGCGAGGAUCCGUCACCACUGGCGACCCAUUGCAAACAGAUCAGGACCCGCCCCUUGCCGAGAAAUGGCGAGUCCCCGCGGUACCCCAAGCAGACCGAGCAAGAUGACGGAAAGUGCCGGAAGUUUCCCGGGCCUCACGCUUCUGGCAGUGACGACGAGGGUGGAGGAGGAGCAAGCCUCCUCGAAAAGAAACUGCCAGAAGGGCCGCAGAGCCUGCCCCUGAAGAGAGGGCGGGAGAGCAAGCUUCCCGUCUACCAGUCGUCUUUGAGAGACGGCAAUCACAAGAUGGCUGCCGAGGGGGCUAUCUCAACAAUAAAGGAGGCCUACGCCAGUAAGCUGAAAGACCUCAGCUGCUUCAACGUGGGCGCCGAAUCAGCGCUGUCAACCCUUCAGAAGGCGAUGGACGCUGUGCCAAAUAAAGAGGCACCUAUGAGUAAAGACCCUGCAUUCCAGGUCAGACCUGAGAAAGAGAGGAAGGUCGUUUAUCGGACUUGGGAGAACUGUGGAAAUUCCCACCACAAAUCGCACCGGGACAAGCUUACACACGUGCUGGUGCAUGAUAGCCUGAAGGAAAACGACAUUGUCCACCCGGAAUUUAGCGUCAAUGGACACGUACCAGAGAAGGAGCUACUGGCAAGUAACAGGCCUCCAGUAAAAGAAGAGGCUGUGUCGCCGUCUCCUUCCAAGAAAAUGGUUUACACGGAGCUCGUCAAGAGAGAGGAGGGUGAUCGUAACGGUGAGCAGACGAGAGGAAAAGCUGUGAGAAAGGAGAGCUCUGGCCUGUCACAGAUCCCCGUCAGAAUCUCCGAGGAAAAGUCCAAACUGGGAGCCAAGAUGGCCGAAUGCAACGGUGAUUCGGUGAAAUCCCACAAGACCGAACCGCUCACCGGCGUGUCCAGCAUGACCCUGGGUCGGACCAAGAAAGGGAAGCAGCUUUCCGAAGUAGUGGACACCAGCAUUCCGACUCCUGGCUACGGCGAUCACGCGGACGCAGACGGCAGUUGGGAGGAUCUGGAAACCUUCCCGGUCAAGUCGCCCGACUCUCUGGAGGUCAGCCCAGUUAAAGAGGCGGCGUUGAGCGAAUUCUUCGACCGGAGUCCGGUCGAGUAUUUGGAGAAGGUGGCGCCGCUGACCAGCAUCGAAGGGUUUAAGGAGAUUAAGACGUUGCCGGUAUACGUCAGUGUCGUGCAGAUGGGCAAGCAGUACGAGAGGGAAACGGCAGGCCCACACCAAGGAGCUUUCAAAAGGACCAUCAGUCAAGAGAGCAGGACGGUGCAGGAGACUCGCGGCACCUUCUACACUGUCCGCCAGCACAAGCAGCCAACUUCGUCCCCUCAGGGCAGCCCCGAAGAUGACACCUUAGAGCAAGUCUCCCUCAUCGAAAGUUCCGGCAAGAGCCCCCUCACCCCGGAAACCCCCAGCUCCGAGGAGGUCAGCUACGAGCUCUCGUCCCAGCUGCCGACGGCGCUCGGGAAGCCAAGCCCCAUCCCUGAGGUGUCCGAAGAGUCGGAAGAGGAAGAGGCGGCGCCCUGGCCCGGGAAGGCGGGCGGGCGGGAGAGGCGGCCGAAGGAGAACCGGGUGGCGUACAUCGAGUUCCCACCUCCCCCGCCCAUCAACGCCCUGGACAGCGAGGCGCCUGGGAAAGGGGAGAGCCGAGGAACCAGCCGAGAGCGGAGGAGGGGAGGCUCCGAGGAGGGGCUGGAGACCAUCGAGCUGAACCUGCAGGAGGAGCACGAUCAGCACCUCCUGAAGGAGCCCGUCAUCCGGGUGCAGCCCCCCUCUCCCACUCCCCCGGGGGCUGACGACAGCGACUCCAGCAGCGACGAGUCCAUCUUCCAGCCGGCGCCGCUCAAGAAGUACACCUUCAAGCUGCAUGAGGAGAGUCUGGGGGGCCCCACCCCCUCCCGGCAACAGGACGACGCCUUCGCCCUGGACCCUCCCCUGGAGAAUGACGCCGUCCCCAACGGCAACAACGACCAGUCGGUGACCGAGUGCUCCAUCGCCACCACCGCCGAAUUCUCCCACGACACCGACGCCACGGAGGUGGACUCCCUGGACGGAUACGACCUGCAGGACGAAGACGAUGGCUUCCCGGACGAUGCUGACUCUAAGUCCUUGACUCAGGGGAUAGAAACGAAGAUGGAUGUUUGGGUCACUGAAGGGAUUGUGAAGCAGGGGGAUCGUUCCUAUAGCCAGGGUAAACUUGCAGUGAUUGAGGAAGAAGGGAAGGUAGGCGCUGAAGAAGAUGCCCCCUUGCAGUCUAAAACCUCUGAAAAGAAAGUCGAAGGGCAAACUGAUGGUAAACCAGGACCCGAGAUCUUCACUUUGGAAGGCAGGCAUCCUGACAGAACUCGGUUUAAUGAUACGUAUUUUAGUUACAAACUAGAGGAAGAAUUUGCAACCCCGUUUAAAACUGUUGCCACCAAAGGCCUUGACUUUGAUCCAUGGUCUAAUGGCCAAGGGGACGAUGAAGUCUUUGACGCUAGGUUAAGAGAGGAUGAGCAAAAAGCCUUUGGCUUAGCAGUAGAGGACAGGUCCCAAGCAACAACACCAGAUACAACCCCAGCCAGAACCCCAACAGAUGAGAGCACGCCAACUAGUGAGCCUAACCCCUUCCCAUUUCAUGAGGGGAAGAUGUUUGAGAUGACUCGCAGUGGUGCAAUUGACAUGAGCAAGAGGGAUUUUGUUGAAGAAAGGCUCCAAUUUUUCCAAAUUGGUGAGCAUACUGCUGAAGGGAAGUCAGGGGACAAGGGGGAGAGGGUUAAAAACACACUUGUAGUCACAACACUGCCUCAGUCAGGGGACAACACAUCUGAAGUGUCAGUAGAUCCAUCACAUGUUAAGCAUGAGAGAGCCCAGGCUAGCGGAGAAGGCCUGGAAAUUGCAUCCACCGACAACGCAGCAGAAAAAUCCUCGUCCGCCAUCGCUGCUAAAAUUGAUCCUAAAUUACGCACGCCAAUUAAAAUGGGAAUCUCCGCCUCUACAAUGACGAUGAAGAAAGAUGCGGGUGCAGCUGAGUUGGUCGAAGUUAAAGCUGAUGCCGUGCUGUUAGAUUAUCAGGUCGCAGAACGUACAGUCUUAGAGAGUGAGGCCAGGGUGACGAGUCAGGAAAGUGGCAAACUGAGCGAUUUGCCAGUGAGUAACUGUAACGGCCAACUAGAUUUCCCAGCCCCAGGUACCGACUGCAGUCAGAUUGAGGGUCAGUCUGAGGGUGAACUCAAAAUUGAAUCGGCUGCCACAACCAAUGAGAGAGAUCCAGGCCCAUUGGCAACCCCACCCAGUGAAGUAGCCAAAUUAGAUAGGCGACCCACGGAGCCAGUAAAAAAGCCUAAAUCGAGACUACCAGUUAAAACGUCCGUGCCUCCAUCUCAGAAAGAGCAGAGGUCAGCAGCAUGCACAACGAAACAGCCUAGGACGAGUGAGUUAAAGGGAAAAGCAGAUCCAGCCAAGUGUAUUGAGGCAAAAUCUAGACUUCCCGUUAAAAAUAUUGACAAAACUAAUUCGCCUUCAGCGGCAAGUUCCCAAAGCAGUUCAGGGCGAGGCGAGAAAGGGAAGUCGAGGCAGUUUUAUUCCAGAUUACCAGUCAAGGUAAGGUCGAGCACUGCCACCGUUAAACCAGUUAGAGCAGGGAAGGAGCAGUUGAGUGAGGUCUGUAAACAUUCGGUUGAAUAUUUGAAAGGGCUUAGCGGUGAGACGUUAAGACUUGUGGAUCGACUUGCCGAUGAAGAGAGAAAAGUGCAGGCAGAGAUCUUUGGUGAUGAAGACAGCACGUCAAGAAAUGCAUCCCUAUCGGAGGCCGGCCAACCUUCCGUUACAUCGCGGUCUCCUAGAGAUUUGAGACCGGAGGCAGCACCUUUAAAAUCAAAGGUUGAAAAGGUCUACAGUGAGACAAGGAACAGUAGAAGGACUGGUGGGGAGGAAAGCAGUCAGGUUUCUGGGCCUCGCGUGGCUCGCACCGCGGAGAUCAAGCCUAGUCCUCAGAGCCCAUGUGAACGGACAGAUAUACGGACAGCCAUUGUAGCAGAUCAUCUUGGGUUGAGUUGGACAGAAUUGGCGAGAGAAUUGAACUUCUCUGUUGACGAUAUUAAUCAGAUUCGGGUUGAAAAUCCCAAUUCGUUGACCACUCAGAGCUUCAUAUUGUUAAAGAAGUGGGUCCUUCGAGAUGGAAAAGAUGCAACAACUGAUGCCUUAAGCAGGGUCCUCAAAAAAAUUAACCGGAUGGACAUUGUGACCCUACUGGAAGGACCAAUAUUUGACUAUGGAAAUGUGUCAGGCACGAGGAGCUUUGCCGAUGAUAGCUGCAUGUUCUUGGAUCAGUCGGAUGGUUACCCAUCCAUUCAAAAGGAGCUGCUGACACCCGCUGGAUUGUGCUAUGUGCCACCCACCCCUCUCCGAUGUGACGAUUAUUUUAGUAAUUUUUCUAGUGUAGGAUCGUCCCCCACAACUCCCUGCGAACCAAUCCUGUGUCCAAAAGCAGCUGCACCUUUUGUAGACGCCGAGGACACAGCACUAGAUGCCAGUGGCACUGAUCGCUCUGUGCCAUGCCAGGUGAUGGGGGAAGGGGUCACUUCACAGCAGAAGCAGGCGAAUGAGACGGCUGGCAGCCAGCGUGAGACUGGGCGUCCAAACACCGAGAACAGCACCCUCUGCGUUGCUCAACCUUGCAGUAAAACGCAGCAGGAGGAGCACAAUCAGUCACUGGAGGACGAAAGCACGGCCAGGCAAAGGGCAUCUUCCAGCCAAGUUCAGCCAGAAGGAAGGGGUAACUCUGAGGAGUUUGCCGAGUUCUCGUUGAAAGGCCUGGACGUUGUUCAGCCAGGUGAAGGUUCAGGUGACGAGGAGGUGACAAAGGAAGAAGACCAGAAUCCUCCCCAUACUCAGAAUUCCCAGAACAAAUUUUUUGCAGUUCCAGGUUGGCAUAGUGACACAUCCAGUGUUGACGUGGAGCCACCAACCCCGAGACGCUGUAACCUGAGUACUGACAAUCUGGAUGAAGACAAUGGCAACCUUCAAGAACAACGAAUCAAGAAUGAUCUGGCUGCGUCUGUGAUGUUUCACAUGAAAGGGCAGGUUCUAAAGCCUAAGGAAAAUGGCGACCACGAUGCACAUAGGUUGGACCGUCCGAGAGAGUCAGGCCAUGCUACAGCAGGGCCUUUGAUUCACGAGGUGGCCAACGAUCUGCCCGUAAUGGCACAAGACAGGAAAACACUAAAUGGAAAGGUCCAGAAGCGUUCGGUGCUAAUCACAGAACAGACAGAGCCCGCGACGGAAUUGCAGAAAGACCUGGCAGAGACAAGGCGACUGGGUGUGGACGAGCAUGGAAGCCCUCUGUUCAGCAGCGAGAGAAAAACAAGUUGGUCAUCAGAGGUCCUUAAAUCAGGACCAAACUUCAGGGAUGAUGGUUCCUCACCAGCAGAACACAAAGCUCAGGAACUUGGGGAAAGCGAGACUAGUUCGGAUGAGGAGGAGAUUAUCACCACCAGGGUGACUCGCCGCAAGGUGAUUCUGAAGGGAGAGGACGCAAAGAAAGUUCCUGGAGAGAUGGUCACACAAGAACAGUUUGUCGAUGACGAUGGGAAUGUGGUCACCAGAAAAGUAACCCGGACAGUGGUGAGUCGUCUCGUUCUGUCUCCUGACAGGGAGCGUGAGGAUGAUGAUCUGCACGGGCUAGGCCGAGGUGCAGAGGAUGGUGCUGACUACUUUGGAAGUGGUGUCAUGGGAACGGAGCAGGUUGAAGGAUAUAAAGUUAUCAGAGUGAAAAAGGAGACUAGACAGGUUGAUAAGAAGACUCAUUAAUGGUCGGACAAGAUGCAAGAAAGGGUACAGAGAAGCAUCUUACUACUGCCAGUGUUCAGAAAGGAAACGGCUGGAGCAGAGGACGAGCGGACUGCAGAUGAAGUGUGUGCCUGCUGCUUUCACACAUUAAAGCAUGGUUUAGAUACAAGAGGAUAUUUUAAUUUAGCAUGAGCAACUUUAAAACCGCAUGGGAAAUCACUUGCAUUCGUUGAUCUGAAGAGGGUGUGAUUGGCGCUCCAUGGGCACUUGACGCACACCAUCGGUACGGGCAACUCUUCAAACUGAGCCGAGGAGUUUUUUUCUUUCAAUUUAGCACCUUUGAUACAUUUCCUGUGACUGCGAAUGUUCACAGCAGAUCACAACACAUUGAGGUUCCAGCAAGGAGUGUACAAAUCACUUAUUACACACAGCAUCUAGCCUUAUAAUUUUCUUGAACCCAUGGUUUCAGGGUAUUAAACAAACCUACUUGCUUAUUUAAAAAAAAGAAAAAAAAAGAAAAAAAAAUCAUAAAUGGUUUUGCUGUACAUAAAGAACUCUGUAAAAAAAAAUAAAAAUAGUUCUGAUCAGGUGGCAUUUCUGGAAGCAAUGCAAACACACUAACAGCACCUGAACUGUUUUAGUGUCUGAUUCACGCUUUAGAAGUUGAUUCCACCUACUUAAAAUGUUUUGAGUGUGACUCCACGAUUUCUUGUACAAUUAAUAGAAAAGGUAUAAUCUUUGUAUAUGCAAAAACACUGGCUUCAUUUUAACUGAGAUAGCUUUCUUUCAGACUACACUGCACAGUUCAAAAUGAUUUUCAAAACCAUGGGGGAAAACAAUGUGUAAUUCUACUGAGACAAAAGUAUUCUUAAAAACCAAAAUAUCAAUAUUCCGAUGCAUGUGUCCCUCAUUUUAAUUAAACUUUCUUUUCUCCUGCAGUUUUCAGCCAUGGUGUUGGAAUUUAACACAAGAUUUAUCACACGUUUCCCUUUCAUUUUUCUUGCUUCUUUUUUAAAAAUAACGAAACAAUCUUAAAAGAUGCCAUACAUUAUGCAAAGGGGAAGUGUUUCAAGUACUUGCUUUUAGAAGGGUUUAUUGCUUGCAAUUCAGUACUUGAACUAAUUCUCUUGCAGGCACAGUAUUGACCAACCAAGUUGGGACAAUGAGGACGUACAUGCUUGUAGACUGGCAACACGGUGUAAAAUUAUUACUGUAUCAUGUGUAUUGGCGAUAAGAUGUAGAAGUCUUUCCAUAAGCCGAUCGUCUGUAAUCUUUUUUAGCAGUGUAAUAAUAGGUUGUUAAGGCCUGCUGUGGUUAAAAGGGCGGUCUACCUUUGAAUUUGGUGAAUUACUCUCCUUUGUUGAUUAUAUUCAUAUGAAAACAUUAAGCAGUCACUGAAGAUAGCUCUUAUAACUAUGUAUGAAAACAACAAACUCCACUGAAUGAUCCAGUUGAUUAUUCAAGCAAAAAUAAAUUGUGU